UCCCACCCUAACUCCCCAACUUAAAAAAUUUUCCAUAAAUCUUUUACUCAUAAAAAUUAUCAUAAUCCCAAUUUAUAUUUUAUUUGGCAUUCCCAAAUUCCAAAUUGGACACACCGGCGAAUCGGCGACAAUACUCUUCAUCUCUUCACGCAGCUAUCGUGAUUCAACAAAACCACCCGCCAAUUGCCAAAUCCUCCUCUGCUUUAAUCCAACCAGAUUCUUGGUUGUUCUUCACUUCAAACUCUUAUUUAGACAUGGAAGUUGAAACCAGAGCUCAGAUAUAUCACGAGAGACAGAGAUUACAGUUCUGCCUCUUACACUCCCUCAAUAAUCUCUUUCAGGAGAAAGAUGCGUUUACAAGAGCUUAUUUGAAUGCCAUUUCUGAAAGACUUGAUCUUGAUGAUCCAGCCAAGGGAAGAUGGUCUCCGAUUUUUAAGUCUCAUCACAACACUAUCACUGGGAAUUAUGACAUAAAUGUCUUAAUUGCUGCUCUUGAAGGAAAAGGGAAAACUGUAGUUUGGCAUGAUCGGCGAAAUAGGGCUUCUGCUAUUGACCUUGAUGGGCAUAGUGAUAAGUUGAUGGGUAUCAUACUUAAUAUACCUGUCAGAAGGUGUGCUGGCCUUUGGAAAAGUAGGCAUUGGGUUGCAUUAAGAAGAAUUGAGGGGGUUUGGUAUAAUUUGGACAGUGAAUUUGCUGCUCCUUAUGCUUUUAAAGAUUUAGAAGAAGUUAGGAAACUUUUGGAUGGUAUAAUUGCUGAUGGUGCUGAAAUUUUACUGGUUAAUAAUGAAGCACAGUGAAACAGUGAAUCUAUACUUACCUUUUUCAAAUUGUAGACUGCAAUUCCAUGGACAUUCUAAAUCGCAGCUUUGAAGAUUUGGAUUGGGAAGGUGCCAGUACGAUGACUUUAGUUUCUAAAACUUGUCCCUUUUUUCAUGGCUCAAGUUAAAUGCUAGCGUUUGUAACAUGUGCUCAAAAUGUUACUCAGGUCGUGAUAUGUGAGAUGCUGCGGGCAACAGAUCAUUUGAACUACUUGUAUUUUGAAAUUUCCAGUCUUGUUUCAGAGAUUAACUGGUCAGUGCAGUGGUUUAGAGAUGUAUAUGUAGCGUUCCGAAAAGUUAGGCCUUCUGCCUCUGCAUGUUCUAUCUCAAUGUUGAUCGUUCAUACUUGAAUGAUUGUUGUUGUUGUUAAAUCACACUUGUACAUUUCUCAAAUUUUGCUUACUCUUGUUGUACAUUUGUCAAA